CAAAUAUCAGUUACUAACAAACAGAGCAGUAGAGUUCAGAUUUAAUUGAGGCCAAUUCUUACUGAGGCACCACUACAUCAGGGCGCUUGUAAUCGUUAACAACAAAAAUUCCCCUUUUGAGAACUGAAAGAGCGUAUCCUUGAACAUAUGCUGGCACAGUUUGUCUGUUUCUGUUUGUUGUUUACAUCUGACACGAAGAUGCUGCAAUGUCCCGAUAAAUGUCCCGAUACCGGCACAUGUAUUGGUUGGCGUGAAGCAUAAUUGUAUUGGGAUAUGCAGGUUUUGCGGUCGUUGUGAGAAAAAAAACCACACACACACGGAGCGGAAACCGUCAUGUCCAUAGGGGUGCGAGUUGUACGAGGUCCGGACUGGAAAUGGGGCGACCAGGACGGAGGGAAGGGCUGCGUAGGGACCGUGGUCCCAGCAGAGUCCUCGCAGAGUGCCAAGGGUGUCUGGGUGCGAUGGGACUCGGGCAGGAAAGCAAACUACCGCCCUGGUGGAGAAAAAGGCACUUACGAUCUGCGGAUUUACGAUAACGCCCAACUAGGAGUGAAACAUCCGCAUAUCAACUGUGACUGCUGUCCAGAGGAAGGCAUCGUCGGCAUACGCUGGAAAUGUCUGGAGUGUCAUGACUUUGACUUGUGUCACAGCUGCUAUAACAAAGGAAAGCAUGACCUGGGUCAUCGCUUCACCAGGAUCGAAACCAACUCAGUUCCGGGGGUUGAGGUUCCAUGUCGAUUGAGCGUCACCAAAUGCCGCUCUUUAGGCAUUUUCCCAGGAGCCCGAGUGGUGCGAGGGCCCGAUUGGGAAUGGGGAGAUCAAGAUGGAGGAGAAGGGAAAAUUGGUACCGUGAAGGAAGUGAUUGGCGCACAAGGAACUCAUCGGUCCUGGGUCAAAGUUCAAUGGCCCAACCGCUCUACAAACCAGUACCGGCGGGGUCACGGAGGCAAGCUGGACGUACAAUACACGCAAGAAGACACCGCUGGGGAAUUCUACAUGGAGCAUCUUCCGAGGCUCGUUCGUCCUGACUUCGACUCCGGAGAUAAGGUCCGUCUGCUGGACAUAGACCCUGGGAUUCUCAAGGAACUGCAGAAAUACAGAGGCAAAGUCGGUGAAGUCAUCGUGGUCGACAAAGAUGGCGAUGUCAAGGUCAACUUUGGCGGAGCGUCGUUCUUCAUCAAUCCCCUGUGUCUCGCCAUGGAGAAGAAGAAGGGAGCUGAAGAUACUAAAGCCGGUGCUGGAGAACUCAAUGCAGUUGAAUUACUUGCCUCUCUACUAUCUAAGACCAAAGUGGAUAAAAACGAGGAGCUGCGUCGUGAACCGGAUGAAAGAUCGAGCGGUAAGGCUCUCUUUAAUGCGGCAGCUAACGGCGACACCAACAAAGUGCGAGAGAUUCUCAUGAAUCAUCCCGAUGCGGGAACGGGGCGCCACGGGUCAGCUUCGACGGUGGGAGGGACAUUGGCCGACUACCUCCCGCCUCAAGCUGGGCAGCCCCCGGUCAGUAGGAUGUCGGCCAGCCAACGUCUGCCUGCUUCAGUGGGUGUCAGGAGCUUAGUGUACUGUGUAGACAUGACAAAGCAGACGUGCUUUGCUCUCGACAUUGUCAACAUCACCAGAACCUACCAUAGUGCAAACUGUCAAGGUGGAAAAGUACGUGUCCACCCUGGACCAAGCUCUCCAGGACUGCCAAAGCAUGACACCACGGUAAAGUGGAAUGCCACGAAGAACGCCAAUUGCUGCACAGCAAUGUCCACAUUUGGCAAGAAUGAACGGCCAAGCAAGGACUGGUUUAACGCAUACCUUCCAACGAUUGAACCAGAAAUCGAGGCUAAACGUGAAGCCUUCUUGUUACACAAGAGAUGCCUAAACAAACAUACACUUGCAGCGCUGAGAAGUACUCGCAGCACAACACAACGUACGCAUUACAGUCUGCUAACGAGUACUGGCAGCAACUGUGCGAAGAAAUCCAGCGAGUCUGGAAACGUCUGCAGCACGUACAGAGGCAUUAAGAAAGCCCUGGGCCCUGCUGUGAAAGGGAUUGCCCCUGACAUCUCUGUCAGGAGAAAAGAUCACCUCUGUCAGGAGAAAAGAUCACUGACCGCGAGAAACAAAUGGCCGGAUGGAUUGAGCACUAAUCAGAUCUGUACUCCCGUGAAACGUCAGUCUCCGACGCUGCCCUCAGUGGUGCAAAGGAUCAUACCUAUCAUUGAGGAGCUAGACGAAGUGCCCACUAUGGAGGAUCUGAGCAAAACCAUCGACUCCCUCUCGGAUGACAAGGCACCGGGUAUCGAUAACAUCCCACCUAAAGCCAUGAAGCACGGAAAAUCUGCCCUGCCUCUGCCGCUGUACGAGCUACUCUGCCUCUGCGGGAAGAAGGUGCAAAUCGACAACGUCGUCCUGGAAGAUGUAGACGAAUUCACUUACCUGAUAUCGACAUUCAGCAACAACGUUUCGCUGGACGUGGAACUUGACAGACGGCUUGGAAAGACAAACACCAUCUUGGCUAGACUGACAACAAGAGUGUGGGAGAACGAAGCGCUAACAGGAGACAUCAAGAUCCGAGUCUACCAAGCCUGCGUUCUCAGCACCUUACUCUACGAAAAUGAUUCCUGGACCAUCUUCAUUAGGUUUUACAUUUCCUUCCAUUCAUAUGGGUUCAUCGAUGCUGCCUUUAGCAUCGGACUUUACGACUGCUGCGGCUUGAAGCUGGGAGAAGUCCGAUUUCAGAAUGACAAAAGACAGACGGCGCUACAUGCAGCCGUCCUUCGUGGUCACGUGGAUGCGGUGAAUGUACUGGCCUUGGGUAAAGUACCGCUGGAACACCCUGAUGAGGCCGGAGACACUGCGUUGAGUUAUGCCGUGCAUGGUAACAAGCCAGACAUUAUCAAAACUCUUCUCCUUGCUGGGAGCAACAUAAACGCAGCCAACAACAAGGGUUUGACCCCACUCCAUCUUGCUUCUCAAAAAGGUCACCAGGCAUGCGCAGAGGCGUUGCUCAUGAGCCCAAAGUGCGAUGUCAACUAUCAGAAUAGUGAUGGCGACAGCCCACUGUUCCUCGCCAUUCACAAUAACAACACGCAGAUCAUCCAUUUGCUGAUAAACCACCAACGGACUGACCUCCGUCAGGUGAACAAGAAGGGAUUCAGCAGUUUGCAUCAUGCCGUGUUUUGCCAAAACAGUUUUGCUGUGGGAGGGAUUCUUAGAAAAUCGCCAAGCAUGAUCAAUGUUACCACAUCAACGGACAACUUCACGGCACUACACAUCGCCGCCUUAAACGGACUGACUGAAAUCACCUUGAUCCUCGUCAAACAGGCCAACUGCAAUAAAGAACUGAAAACUAUCGCUGGACAGACGGCGCUGCACAUGGCCAUUGACAAGACCAACAACAAGUGUAUCGAGGCUCUGGUCAACAACGGUGCCAAUGUGAACGCCCAGGACGGCGACGGAGAUACAAGCCUCCAUCUGGUCAUGAUGAAAGCCUCCAUGAAAGACAUCAUUGGCACACCACUGGGACAGUUGUUGCAACUCGUCCAGCAGCUCGGAGACGAAGGAAGUUCAUCCGACGAAAAAUCCAACCUUGUUGCCAUAGCAGUCUACCUUAUCAAAAAUGACGCUGAUAUCUACAUCACGAAUAAAAAAGGGCAGAAUGUUCUUGACGUCACCCUCAAUCCAGGGGUUAAGAAGUUACUGAGGGAUCACUACCAACGAAAGAGGCUUGCACAGGCCAUGAAAAACAGUCCAGACGUGAACUGUAAAGUCAGCUAAAGGGUGAAAGUUGCUACGGCGAGGCGGCUGGACCCAUAUGAACAAACCAUAGAACUGUGUGAUUAGUACAUCACAUGUAUUUCUACUGCUGCAGUGAUUCCAGUAUACUGCCCAAUUACCCCAAAAUGGUGAGAGGCAACCUGAGUUGAUCACUGUUAAGGCAAUUUGAUGUAUAAACAAACGAUUUUAUUUCAAUUGUGGACAAGUAGUUAUAGGCUAGACAAAGCUUCUUCACCUACCACACAAUCGCGUUUAUGAUUCGCUGAAAGUAGGCCUAGAAACCUUGAAGACAUUUUCGAUGCAUUUACCCAGAACUCCUCAGUCUGUGAACUCGAAGAAAAUGUACAUAAAAAGCUGACAUGAAAACACGUAUUGACUAAAAGUUGUUACAUAAUAGGAGUGAGGUGGGAUUUUUGGGGUCAUAUUUGAUUUAUAGUCAAGUAUAAUGUUUAACCAAGUAUUAUUCUAUAAAGCUGGUAGUGAUUCUAACAGAAAUCUUGGAAAACAUCAGAUCAAUAGAUAGAAAACCAAUACAUUAUUGCAGUUUAUACACAGCGAUCUAUCAAUGUAUAAAUACUUAUAGCAAUAUUCACUCUAUUUUCUGACCUCAGAGAAACAGUUAGACAAGCAGUUCGCUACUUUCAUUUAAAGUGUUAAUGCAACGUCAUGCUAUUCUGUAAAAAAAAUCGCUUACUAUAAGUGUAAAUUUUGACUUCAAAUCGUGAAAACGACCACACGAAGGAGCUAUUAUAUGUACAUGUUAUACAAUGCAGUUCAUCAUUCAAACUUCAAACACUUCAAAAAAAUUAUCAAAGACUUGAAAUAAGAAAAAUAUCAAAUGGUUAACUAUUGUAAAGCUGACGUAUCCGUUGAAGUUACAAAUGUAAAAAGUUUCUUAUUAGCCUUAAAUAUGUCAAAAUGCAUAAAUUGGCAUGCUGUAAAAACAUUCCAUUGAAGCUACGCUUAAAAAAUAAAACAAGCACAGCGAUACAUAUCUCAUGAAUGUUUUGUUUAACAAGUCGCUUAAGUGCAUUAAUACAUAUUUUUUUAGAGAACCAGAACUUUUGGAAAAUAUACAAGUCCAAACACUAAGAAUUUGUUAGUCAUAUAUACAUUCCAAAGAAAUACAGUCCAUUUCCUAGUUCCGGAUUUUUCCUAGUUCCGGAUAGCUUCAAAUAAAAACCUACCUCUUUUGGAUUAGUCUCCAAUAAUUUUUUUCUGACGAUGUUCAUUUUGAAAAGAAAAAUGUAAGCUCCUUGAUACACAAAGAUUUUCCCGAUAAAUAUUUAGAAGAGAAAAUUUGGCCAGAUUUCCGACUCGCACUUUAACAUGUUUGGACGGUUUUUAGAAAAUCGCGGGAGCUGAGAAUCGACGAUAAAUUUUCUCCUCGGUAUAACACUUGUACCGUGUGAUUUCGAAAAUUUUGUUCGUACUCCAUUCGUAUGAACUCUUCCAUCGAAUGCAUGUUGAAUCAAAAUAAGUUAUAAAGUCUCUAAUUUUUGAAAAUUCGCGAACGAAUGACCGUAUGCCUUUGCCUAGUUCUGGAUAGCGCGUGCACUUACGACCCAACUACACGCGCGUUAAUCGUCCGUGCGUGAGUUCGAGCCGUUGCGCUGCAGACAAAAGUUUCAAAAUCAUUUACGUUUUUUCUCUUUUUGAAAUUUGCUGGAACUCUCUUGAAUGAAAUUUUUUUGGAAAUGAAAUAAUACUUUAUCAGAA